AUGCAUCAACAAUUCAGUAAUACAACCGCUGUUAGUCUCACGGCGGACGAUGGCAGUACUAUACCUGUUCAGCUAUGCCACGCCCAAUCUAAUCCCAAUGGCAAUACUAACAAUGAAAGUAGUUCCGGUGGUAUAGUUGUCGAACCGUGUUCAAUUGUUUGUCAAAAUGGUGGUGGAUGCAUAGGUCCCACAACUUGUGCAUGCGCUACGGGAUGGAGUGGUGACACGUGUACAAUCGCUACAUGCACAAAUAAUUGUCAAAAUAGUGGUACAUGCACAGCUCCUGAUUAUUGUACAUGCACGGCUGGUUGGAGUGGUGACACGUGUAUAAUUGGUGAGUGA